AUGCCUGCGCCUCGGUCCGCAGGAUAUUAUUCAGCGAGUCGAGACGGACGACGAGAUGGCCCUGCGACGCCAGAGCGCCGGCGGAAUAGCAGCCAAGAGAUGGGCAAGCCGGGUAAUGCGUCCAGUCAGCGCGACGACAGCUUCUCUCCCCACGACGACUCGUUCCACGACGACGAUGCCUUGAGCCCUCGCCGAGAGGCCUCCCCGUACGCCGACGACGGACAUGGACACCGAGAAGAGCGGGCGCAGAAGAAGCACAAGGGCCGCCUGGGCGGAGGCUUCUUGCUACACGAUGCCUUUGGUGGUGGACGAUCUCGUCGACAGCGGGCUACUCACACGCCAGGCCCAGCUCCUCAGCUCCAGCUAGGCGUCGGUCGUGAUGCUGCUUUCCAGGCUUCUCCUGGCCCUGGACAUGAUAUGGGCAUGCGAAACUCGUCUGCGCCCAUUCGGCGAUCUGGCGAAGAGCCUGCAAACUCACCUCCCAACACUGGGCAUUCCGCCGACGGCAGGCUAUACUCGGACUCGCACCACCAGGAAUCGCUCGCUGCUCCGGAUCUGGAUUCCACUCAGAUUGUGCACAUGGCUCUCAGCCUUAGCGAAAACCGCCGUCUCGCCUCUCGACGGAAUGCCUCUCGGACAGCUGCCCCCCCGCGGCUUACACCUAUCCCAGACGCAUCCUCUUCAAGCAACAUCAGACAGCAUCUCCAGCAGCAGCGAAAGCUUUCGCGCACCGAUUCUCCCAGCUUACUGCAAGAGCCGUCGGCUCUGGUUCCCGUAUCUAGAAACAGCGGCAACUUUCAGUCCUCAUUUGAGUCCUCCCACGAUGCGCAAUACCGCUGGCAAUUUUCUGCCUCGACUCUGGCCAGAGCCCACAAGGCCAAAGUACACCUCGAGCUGUGGGCUCAAUACAGGCGACUACUCGAUGUGCUGCCGCCCCUCAAGCCAGGACUCGAAAGACCGUCGUCGGGUAGCUCCCCAGACUCUCCUGUGCUGGCACCCGGUGCCCAAGCGCUUGCUAUCACGCUAGGGAGGCAGUACAACCCCUUGCAGUAUAUUCGGAAUCGCAAAGUGCGGGCACGUGAGAGGAAGGUCAUUGACGGACAGCGGCAGGGGUUCAGCGAUGUAGAGUGUGUUAGAUCAUGGGUUGAUACCGUUUAUCGACAAAUGUCGCUGGCCGGGACGUCGCUUGUCGACGAACGACCUUCCAUUCCGCCCUAUCAAUACGCUGAAGAUGUCGAUCUGCAGAACUCGCCCUCGGAGGCCGUAGCGAGGCCCCGGCGGCCGAGAGUGGACUGGAUCUUGGACCCUUGCGAUGUGAUUGCUGAUGCAUACUGGCUGGAGCAGAACGGGCACAAGCAUCUUAUUGAAGACCGCCAUUGGCGAAAGAUUUUCCCGCCGCCUGCGACCUCCGACUUGAGUAGACCUUUAUCUCGAGAAGUAGAUGAUACUAGCAGCAAGAUUUCGCCGUUCACAACAAGAGACAACAGAGACAAUGAGAUAACCGAAACCAUUACUGAGGGGAAAGAAUUUGGGUUGUCCAAAGUUCGCUCGGAAUUGUCUCAUAGCAGUACAAAGGAGCGUGCCAAACAGAAGCUACAGAACAUCAAAGGAUUCCACCACCGGCAUGGAAGCGCCGGGCAUGGCCACGAUAUAGUAAUGCGAAUGAAGAAAGAUUCUGGAUCUGAAUAUUCAGACAGCGACGACAGCGAGCCAAAGAGGAGGAUGCGACCUGUUCGCAAGGGAACAAUUUCCAGCAACUCAAACGACCUACUGCAGAAGCAAAUGAUGGAAAUGGUGGCCAAGGAAGCACGUGAAAGAGAACUUGAAGAUAUGGCUUUGGCGAAUGAGAGCGCCGAUGACCAGAGUGUCGAGGCACAAGAUAUGAGGCGAAUUUCACAACCGCCGUCCCGAUUUACUAGCAGGAGAGGUUCUCUGGCGGAAAUAAGCGACUCAGAACGCAAACUUGCUGUGUUUGGAAAGGUCAAAAAGAGCUCUCCCUCGCGCCUGAGUCUUGAUGCCAAUUAUCUUUCGUCAUCUCCGGGCAAACGAGCUUCGUUUCCCAACUCCCCUGAAAUCCUGCCGCUUCGCAAUGGCAAGUCUGAGUCGGUUGCCAGCGCUGAUCCUUCACCACCCUGGAGCCGAUCAACAUCUCCCACAAGAAACCCCUUCAGCAAGAUCAAGUCAAUCAUUCGAGACAAGAACGACGACACUUAUAUACUCGAUGAAGUUGAAGAUGAGGGAGAAGGGCGAUCGUCAAAGCGUGACAAACUUUUGGCACCCGACAGCGGGAAAAGCGCUCGCAACACGGGAAGCAUGCGACUGAGAGCUGACGAAAAUCUUGGCUUGAGAGGCAUGUUCAAGGGGCCGCGUAUCGACAACGUGCUUCGAGGCGGUGUUUCAAAGUUGGGAGACAUUAUCCGUAAGAAAGAGGGAUCUGGCGAAGCACCCGACCUCGACACAACGGAUGAGUCUGAUAGUGAUAGGAUCAGGGGGCGAAAGUCUGCACCCUUUUCUCUGUCGCGAAAACCUUCCACUAGGGCACAAGAAGUACAGCACCAGCCGAAGCACUUUCUUGAUACGAUGCCUCAGUUUCAUCGCAUGCCUAGCUUUCGCCAUACCGCUAAUGGUGGUGAGAAGCUUACUGCUGCUGCUGAUUCUGGCGCAGAAACCCCCGGUCGUCGGGCUACUGAACUUGAUCUUCUUCGACCUCCGCUGAUUAAAAUCCGGAGCGCAUCAUCGUCUGGAUCUUCUCCGGUACAGAAACCUCGCAUAGGGGACUCGGACGUCUCCGAGUCCGAAUCCUUGUUGAACAACAGUAGCACUGCCCCCGAUGCGGCCGACAAGCGUGGAAAUUCAGCCCUUUCGCUCAGCGACAAGGAUAAUCAGCAUAGACGACUGCCGGGUGAGCAUUGGUCGAUUGCGGACCGUGGCUUUCCUGGCCAGAUGAGGCUUUCGAAGCGCGAAGUCGCUAGGAUGCGGGCUCUGAUACUCAGCUCCGGCGUCAAGGCGAUGGAACUGCGCCGUCGCGCCAACGAGCAGCACAAGCCGUUCAGCAAGGAGAAUCUCGCCCUGAACGCGGCUGCCUCCCCGAACGAGCCCGGCGGCGUCCCCUGGUCGGACAUUGCCAGGCUCACUCCUAAGCAAGCCCAGCUCAGCCUCCAGCUGCACGACCAGCAGGUGCCUUUCUGCGAGGUGUAUCCCCUCGCCGCUCGUACUCUGGGCGUUGCCAUCCAGACCUGGGGCCAGCGAUGGCAGUCUUCGGCGGACUACUUCCGGGACAAGACGACGCAUGACCUUCGCACGCGCGUUUGGGAGGUUCGCACGCAUAUUGCGGAUGAUUUGUCUGAGCUGGCGCGUAAGGCUGCUGAUGAGGCGGACGAGACGAGUCGUGACUUGAUGCUCGGCCAGCCUCUUAAGAUCAAGCACGUCAUUGACACCAUGGACAAGAUGUUGCGUACGCGGCGUAGAAGAUUCCGGUGGUUGAGGCGUGGGCUCUGGCUUACGGUGGAGUGGCUGCUCGUGGGCUUCAUGUGGUAUGUCUGGUUCAUGGUGAUGAUACUGCGCAUCUUCCUCGGCAUCGGCAAGGGGGCUUUGCGGGGCGUCAAAUGGCUUCUCUGGCUGUGA